GUACGUAGGGAAAUGUAUCGAGUAAUCCUUGUGCUCCACAGUACCAUCCUUCACCCGCACCAACUUAUUACGUCACCACCCGCCCUCGAUAAUUAUGUCUGUCCCUCUACUAUUAUUUAAUUCAUUGAGGUCAGAAGUAUUUAAACCAUCCCUUCACCCGCACCAACCUCAUUACUCCACUACCCGCCAUCAAUUAUUAAUCCCGUCCCUCAUCUGUGAAUUAAUUCAUUAAGAACUGAAGUAUUUAAACUCGUUUCAAUUUUGCUAGUAAUCAAGUUGAAAAAGUACAUUAUAAUGCGAGAAUUCUGAAGAAGAAAACUAAGAAAGAGGUUGCAUCCGCGACAGCAACACAGAAAAAAUAUUAUCAUUUGAAUAAUUAACGAUGAAAACGCAAACCGAUAAAACAAUUUAAGUGAGAAGCUAGUUUACAGUUCACAUUUUUUAAAAAGAUAUUAAAAAUGGCACCCUACCCAAGUUUAAGUUAUAUGCUGUCGUACGUAAACGCAAAAGUGUUUAAAGAUGGGUUGGUCGAGAAAGAACUUGCGAAAUUUGACCGGCAACGAAAAGCAGACGCGGAAUUAGUUGAUACAUUUUUCAUGGAAGAAAUGGAAAACAGCACCGUUUAUCCAGCAAAAAAGCCAAUUCUCGUAAAGGACAAAUCAGAGCCACAAAGAAAAGAUGGUACCAAAGAAUCGGGGUGCGCUGUUUAUAGUUAUUUGCUUCUGAUGUUAAGUCUGGACGCACAGUACCAUGUUGACUUCUACACGAAGCUUUUAAAGACAAGCAGCAUGAGAAAGUUGGUGUCAUUGCUAUCAAGCGACGAAAAAAACUUGCUGAAAACCAUGCUGAAUGAAAACGUCAUUACCAUAGAUACACAUUAUGAUGGAUACGUCAGUCAAGACGACGACGACGACUGCGAGACGGAAGAUGACGACAGCUCUGAAAACAGCAGUGACAAUGAAGGCUUUGACGAAAAAAGCGAAGAAGACUAAACGCUGCCUUCCAUCAAAGCGUUUUUGAUCCUAGCUUUCCGGCGUUAAAACUUGAAGCACUCAAUUUCUAUUGCGUUAAAAUGAAAGCGUUUUCUAAUAUUUUAUUGGUUCUUAUAAACGUUGUUCAUCUACAAACGCCAAAGCUGUCAAAAACAACCGUCGCGGCCAGAAAUAAAUUCAAAAGUGUUUGUCUAGAUAUUCAACACUGAGCGCUGAAGUUAAGAACGCUUUAUUAGAAACACGUAAAUAAAACAAGUAGCCGAAAAUUUAAAUUUGUAAGGUCAAUAUACGCCCCAUGGCCCAGGGUUUAACCUCGAUUCCUCUUGCCUUUUUAAAUAUUACAUACUACGCGCAGAGGUGCUUAGAACGUAGGCUGUUGUUUAUAAUCUUCAGAGCUCUUUGAGAUAAACCUCGAUAGUACUUUAUGAUCAGCCGAAUCCCGGAAUAGCAGUCUGUUAAAUUAGUUGCACGCAGCUUUAUUUCGAACCCCCAACUCCCCCUCUCCCCCACUUCCUCUUGGAGUAAUUCAUUUAUGAUGACGGGCGACAACUAGUAAUACAAUAUGCACUAGAAAAGGAAUAAUAAAUGUAUCAUAUAAAUAAAGACCUGUAAAAAAUAUAAAUUAAUGAUAAGAAUAGUUAUCGGUUGACAAACUUUAAGUCGUUGCCAAGCAACCUCGAUCCCAGGUCCUGUUGUCCCUAAUUUGCACAUAUGAUGGUGCCAGUUUUGUCAAUGAACGCAUCGCCAAUGAGUUUCCUGGGACCGAUGUUGGGCCGGCAAUAGCUUUUACAUCAAGCAAUAAAGAAAUAUUUUGCUCCUCCUUCAACAAAAUUUAACGUAGCUACAUCAUUUCAAUAUCGUCAAAAUGACACACGAAUGCUACCAUGUUCUGU